GGACAAGCUAGGUAUUUUGUAGACACAUUUUGAAGUAAGAUGGAGUGACACAAGAAGACUAUUCCAAAUGACGGGCAACAAGAUUGUGAGAAGGGACAGAGAUGAGGGUGAUGCUUAAUGAAGUGCGGAGCUGAGUAAAGGAUGACUGGGUUCAAGAGAGAGGCUGGAACAAGUCGAGCUUCAUGCCCAUUUGAAUGGCUCCGUCAGUUCUGUUACUAUGAAAAAACUUGUGGCCCAGAAACCGUAUCUUCAAAUCCAUAAUGGAAUGAUAAUGAUUGACAAGGGGAAGAAAAGGACUUUAGAAGAAUGUUUUCAGAUGUUUAAUAUCAUUCAUCAGAUUACCAAUAGGACCGAAGAUAUAUUACUGGUAACUAAAGAUGUUAUUAAAGAAUUUGCUGCAGAUGGGGUCAAGUAUCUGGAGUUAAGGAGCACACCUAGAGAAGAAAAUGGCACUGGCAUGACCAAAAGGACAUAUGUGGAAGCUGUACUUGAAGGAAUAAAACAGUGUAAAGAGGAGGAUUUGGAUAUAGAUGUCAGGUUUUUAAUAGCAAUAGAUAGAAGAGGUGGACCUAUUGUGGCCAAGCAAACUGUUAAACUUGCUGAAGAGUUCCUCCUUUCCACCGAUGGGAUUGUGGUAGGGCUUGACCUCAGUGGUGAUCCCACCGCAGGACAUGGCAAAGAUUUUUUUGAACCCCUUUUCGAAGCAAAAAAGGCAGGACUGAAACUGGCAUUGCAUCUUUCAGAGAUCCCAAAUAAAGAAGAGGAGACCAAAAUUCUUCUUGGCUUGCCUCCAGACAGAAUUGGACAUGGUACAUUUCUCAGCUCUACAGCAGGUUCAGAGGACCUUGUGCAGCUUGUUAGACAGAAUCGCAUACCUAUAGAACUUUGCAUGACGUCAAACUUCAAAAGUCAGACUGUACCUUCCUGUGACAAACACCAUUUUGGAUACUGGUACAACAUUGGCCACCCUACUGCACUUUGUACUGACGAUAAAGGUGUCUUUGCAACAGAUCUGUCUCAGGAAUACCAGCUGGUUGCUAAAACAUUUAAUCUGACGCCAUCACAGAUAUGGGACCUCUCCUAUGAAUCAAUCAACUAUAUCUUUGCUUCAGACAGUGUAAAAUUGAAGCUAAGGGAACAGUGGCAUAAACUGAAACCAAGUCUACUAAGUAAUUGAACUAUAGUUAUAAAUAGAUGAAAACUGAAUAUACUAAGUCAGUUAAUAAGGAUGAGCUGCCUAAGAGAUUCUGUCUUUGCCCUUUUUAAUUUUUAUACAACCAUAGGACCCAGUCCUGCAGCCUCUGUUUAUAUGAAUUAAGGGCUACAGGAACAGACCCUUAUUUAACCAGGAUGAGAGAGAAGUUCCUUUCCACACUUUGUCUGGAAAAAGUCUGUCAGUGAGUAAAAUUCAAGAUUUUUCAUGUACUAAAUACCAUAUUCACUGUAGAGAAACUAAUUUUUUAAUUACUUUUUGCUGAAAUAUGUUAAAAUAUCACAAAUAUUGGAACAAUCGUAACAAAAUAAAGUUGAGUAGGAAAAGAACAUAAUACACACAUAGCAACAAUGUGCUAAGCAGUAUGUAUAUGUUUUUCUAUAUCAAUCUUAAGUAGGCUGAUGGAGUAGAAAGAUAUGAACAAUCUCAGGGAGAAAAAAAUACUUGUCAAUAAGAUCUUCACACUCAGUUAAGAGACAUAUUAGAAUUGUUUCUGCUGAUAUAGAUGUCUGACCAAAGCUUUCUGUGGGUAGUUUAAUGAAUACGCUGACACAAUCAAACUGAACUACACUAUCGACACACUCAGAAUUAACAGUGUGUUACGGUGUCCCUGUAUUACACUGGCAAGCAGAAAAAAAUUCUAAAAACAAAUUCAACCCAUGUGACAUGUUUAUGGGGUUUUGUUUUUACAAUUCUUUGACAAUUUAAUUUCUUUCCAUUUUUUUUUUAAAACAAAAAAUAGCUUUUUUGUUGCUGUGUGUUUCUAAAACCACUACUUUUGUUUUUGCUCAGAAUUUGUAGAUUGGAGGCAUGUAAAUUCUGCAGCAAAUUAUGUGAAGUUGUAUCAUUUAUAAGGGAUGCUUUCCUUAUACUAAGUGAUACCAUAUCUGUUUUGACACCAUAGGGAGCUCCUUAGUUUGAGAAAUGAGAUGUGGUUUUUGUCAGUAUUAUUAAUUUAUGCAUUGAUAGAUCUGUCACCCUUCGCAGAAGUAUCACUGAGAACACAAUCUUGCCAUAUGUGGCCCCUAUAUCACUUAAGAGACUGUGUUUUGUGAGUAUUUAGGUAAUUGUACUAGGAAUUGGGAUUUCACUUCAUAAAGUAGGAAAGAGAUUCCACCAUGUAGAACUUUGGUCCUAUUACUUCAGGCAAUCCCUCUGCUGUCUGAGUUUCAGGAGACCAGACUAUUAAUGGCCUAUGACAGACUGCAUUUUUUGCAAUGCUAAUGAAAGUAGACCAUACUGAAUGUUCUGAAGUUAUAAAGGCAAUCUGUUUGAUGAGUC